GCUCUCAAAGUGCAAAGUUGAAAUAUGUCGUUGAUGGCCGCUACCUCCACGACAGAACAGGGGCAAAUGUGUCAAAGAAGUAAAUAUAUGGAUGUCUGUGGUUUUCCAUUCUUCUCAAGGAAAUAUGAUCCUUUAACUUCUCAUUCGAAGAUAUUUAGGUGAGGGCAAGUAACAACAAAAUGCAAGAUAAUUGCCUGUGCAUAAUAGUGGACAGCGCAUGGAUACUUGUGAUAUACAUUGUAACAUUCAGGGAAGUAAAUUGACAAAGUGGAGGUAAGUUUUAUUGAUACAUUGUUGCGUUUGUGUUUCAUGUUUUUCGCUACAAAAUGCACACUAGUUCAACGACUUUUGACAGACGAUUCCAACGGUAGUUUGGCCAAAGCAAUCUUCUCCGCGUGGAAUGCCACGCAAGCAAUAGCCUACAACUAUUAUAACUACCCAACGUAAAGAGAAGUUGCACGGGGGAUGAAGUAUGACUUGCGCAUGCAUUAAUAAGAUAUUGUGACCUAUUAUAUCUAGACUUACUAAAAUGAAGGCUAUAAAGAAAUACUUUAGGGGUAGUGGGAGGGCAUUUGCAUUUGUUUUUAUUGCAUCUGUCAUUUGGCUACUUUUCGAUAUGGCAGCACUUCGCCUUUCAAUAAAUGAUGUUAACAGCCAACUUUUGAAAGAAAGCAUGGUGAAGGAAAGGCUGGCUGACAUACAGCAGGCCACGAAACGUACGAAGUUGGUGCAUAGGGGGUUUAAAAAUCCAGUACAGAGAGUAGACUUAGACCUGGACGAUGCAGGUAAUGAAGGUCCAGUCCAGAAUGAAAAGAAAGUCCUUGAAGUGGACAGAAAGCGAGGGCCUACUGUCAAGAAGGACCCGCAGUUGAAGGACAAAAUCAACUCACAUGAGCAACAAGGGGGGAAUGCCCAACCAAAGUCAGAACAUGGAAAUGUUCUCAUUUUUAAGCCUAACCAAAUCGAAGCUGUGACUCAUGUCACAGUACAGUUGAGUGUGCCUUUGAAUACGAAAGCACCUGUCAAAGAUACUUUGCCUGUCAAAGACGUGUCAAAAAAGGCAGUGGACUUGAUGAAGUCUGAGGAUAAGAAAGUGGCAUUGCUGGCAGCAGUGCUCUCGAACUUCACCAAAGUGCCACCUGGUGUUCAGGAAGGAAAACAUGUUGAAACAUUUACCUCAAAGACAGAGAAAGCAGAGGAAAAUAUAGACCAAGUGCAAAAAGCCAAAGACAAUAUGGACUCCAAGACAAAGGAGGAAGUCCUAGAUUCACUGGAGCCUGGCAUACAAGAAAGUUUUAUAAAAUACAAAGUUGCGGUGGACCCCACAGUUAAACCUGUCAAAAAGGAUGUACUGAACGGAAAAGAGGUGGUUGUCAAUAUUAAGGACAAACAAAUCAAUGCAGUUGAUAAAGGUAAGCCUUAUGCUGUAAAUGAGAACUUACCACCUACAGCAAAGCCUGAACUCCAACCAGAAGUUCCCACAAACUCCACAGAUGUUCGAAACACAGGUGUCCACAAAGUGCUGUCAUUAGACAUGACCCAAGCCCCCAGAGAUGCCAAUGCAAUUGGGCAAUUUGGGCAAGCAGCCAUGGUGCCCAGUGACAAAGAGCAGGAGGCGAGGAACCGGUGGAAUGAAGGCCAUUUCAACGUGUACCUGAGUGACCAGAUCCCUGUGGACCGAGCCAUCCCAGACACCAGACCUAAUACGUGAGUCACACUGUGGCCUGGAGCACAUCAUGCAUACUCACGUACUCCCACACUCAUAUUACUCACACAGUGAUAUAGUACGGUUAGCAUUAGGUAACCUCUCUUGUUACUGUGUUGUGUUGUUUUCCAGGUGUUCUGAGAGUGUGGUCCAUGAUGACUUGCCCACCACCAGUGUGAUCUUCUGCUUUGUGGACGAGGUGUGGUCCACUUUGCUCCGGUCCGUCCACAGUGUCCUCAACCGCUCUCCACCACACCUUAUCAAAGAGAUCAUCCUGGUGGAUGACUUUAGUACCAAAGGUAAGAGAGGGGAGGGGCUUUCCUGGUAAACAGUACAGACUGGGUUCAGAGUUUUUCCCAGCCAUGGGAAAUUCUGGGCCCAACUGAAGAACAUUUAAUUUCAUGACUCUAGGACCAAGAAAAUGUAUUCAAAAUAGUUAAUGAAGUUUCGUAAUUGUAUUUUCUUAAUGGUAAAAUAUGGCCGUUUUUUGCAAUAUACUGUAAAGUUGCAGAUUUGGAGAUCUUCAGACAGCAACGAUAUCUUAUAAAUAGGACCUGGAGUUUUUCCUGGGCAGGUCACAUGGUCAGAAUAAACUCAGGGCCCUAAACACACUUGCUCUCAUCCACUCUUUCAGAAUAUCUCAAGGACCACCUGGAUGUGUACAUGUCCCAGUUUCCCAAAGUGCGGAUUGUCCGUCUGCAGGAGAGGCAGGGCCUGAUCCGAGCUAGGCUGGCAGGAGCCACCAUUGCCAAAGGUAACCAACCACAUCCUGCUAUAUCGUAUCACCACUCUCGUUUACCUUGUAUGCUGUUUAAACAAAAAAUGAUAUGCAAAGAAUCUCAAUCUUGUCCUCCCGUACAUGUGGCAGUCAAGCGUCCCUGUGGUUUUGUUUGUCUUCAGUGGUUUGUUUGCAUUUCCCUUCAGGUGAUGUUUUGACUUUUCUUGACUCACAUAUUGAAUGCAAUGUGGGCUGGUUGGAACCUCUGCUGGAGAGAGUGUACAUGGACAGGAGGAAAGUGGCAUGCCCAGUCAUCGAAGUCAUCAGUGACAAGGACAUGAGGUAAUGUAUCAUUACCAUAACAUUAUAUGCUUGCGUUUCGAAUGGCAAAAUAUUUCCUAUAUAGUACAUCAGUUACUUUUUUACAUUACACUUAAAACUACUACUACUACUUUGAAAGUUGUAGCUAUCAAUUGUCUUGUUAGCAAUCACCCAUAUUAGCAGACAUAUUUAAUUUCAAACUUCACAUUUCUCUAGUGUAGGCUACUUAUUGUAAUUAUCAAUAUCAGUAACAUUUUCUCAAGAAGUGAUCGUUUCGGUCGGUGUUGCUACAUUUUGGUUUAUCGUCCCAGCUCUAAUUUCAGAGUUAUUAUUCAACCUUAUUGUCUAUGAGUUAGACCCCCAAAUUUGGUAUGUCAGUACCAUCUGGGGGCAAAAUGUCUCAUAGUGAUUUUAUUUUUUUAGGUCUAUUUACCUAGACUGGGCCGUUCUGGCUCGGACACAGCUUACUUAGCUGACUAUGUCCCUAAAGUUGCAAAAUGUGUGAUAGCAUUGCAGCAAUGGAAGCUUUCUAUGUGUUACCUACAAAUCAUACAUCAUUAGAAAGAUUUUCCGAAUAUUUCGGUCAACAGACUUCUGACUUCUUGGGUUCAAAUUGGACUUACCUGUAUACAUUGCUGUAAAAAGUAACCCUGAUAACCCAAGAGUUUUAUCAGCUUAUUUUUAUACAGCCAGGUUUUAUGCAACAUCCUGUUUACUGGAAGUCAGUCCCUGUAAUGUUGAUUCAUCUGAGUUAUCUUGAGUUUUGUGCAUUUCAUUCCCUAAUGCAUUGUUAAUCCAGUAAUGUCAUAUUGUUUAAUGAUCUGUUUACAGCUAUGUGUUGGUGGACAACUUCCAAAGAGGGGUAUUCAAAUGGCCCUUGGUGUUUUGGUGGAGCAGGUUAUCAGAGGACAUCAUUAAGAAGAAUCACAUCAAGGAUUCAGAUCCUAUCAGGUAAUUCUGGAUUUCAUUACACCCCUCAUUACUGUAUGUUUAUAUACACAGCAAAUUGGCCAGUGUUACCUAGUGUUGAUUUUUCAGUGUAGCAUUUCUAAUGUUGAUUCAGGAGUUAAAUUAACUCUAAGAUUGAGAAUUACACAUCACUCUGCAGGUGAGCAUAAUGUGACUUGCAGGCCUGAUGUGGCCUGUAAACCAGGAGGUUCCUAACACCACUGUGUUAGGGUAAAACAUGUCUGUCAAAGUAAGGCCUCCCCACUGGUUGAAUCAACGUUGUUUCCACGUCAUUUCAAUGAAAUUACAUCGAACCAACAUGGAAUAGAAGUUGAAUUGUCUGUGCCCAGUGGGUUAUGAUAUAUAUAUUUGCAUAUUUGUUUCUAGCUCCAAACGUGCUCACUCUCCCGCCCUUUAUCUUUCACCCCUCCACUUCCCUCCUUCCCGCUCACUCACCAAGUUACUCUCACUUUCACUACACUAGACAGAGCUUUCACUCUUGAGCCUAAUAUGUACACAACAAUACUCCCAUAAUCCAAAAAGUAAAUAUCAGAACGAGCAAUGUCAGAGUCCGGAAUAUAUAUACAGUUGAAGUUGGAAGUUUACAUACACUUAGGUUGGAGUCAUUAAAACUUGUUUUUCAACCACUCCACAAAUUUCUUGUUAACAAACUAUAGUUUCUACUUUGUGCAUGACACAAGUCAUUUUUCCAACAAUUGUUUACAGACAAAUUAUUUAAUUUAUAGUUCACUGUAUCACAAUUCCAGUGGGUCAGAAGUUUACAUACACUAAGUUGACUGUGCCUUUAAACAGCUUGGAAAAUUCCAGAAAAUGAUGUCAUGGCUUUAGAAGCUUCUGAUAGGCUAAUUGACAUAAUUUGAGUCAAUUGGAGGUGUACCUGUGGAUGUAUUUCAAGGCCUACAUUCAAACUCAGUGCCUCUUUGCUUGACAUCAUGGGAAAAUCAUGGGAAAAUCAAAAGAAAUCAGCCAAGACCUAAAAAAAAGUCUGGUUCAUCCUUGGGAGCAAUUUCCAAACGCCUGAAGGUACCACGUUCAUCUGUACAAACAAUAGUACGCAAGUAUAAACACCAUGGGACCACGCAGUUGUCAUACUGCUCAGGAAGGAGAUGCGUUCUGUCUCCUAGAGAUUAACGUACUUUGGUGCGAAAACUGCAAAUUAAUCCCAUGAACAACAGCAAAGGACCUUGUGAAGAUGCUGGAGGAAACAGGUUCAAAAGUAUCUAUAUCCACAGUAAAACAAUAUAAAGUGGGUAAAACAGUAUGUAAACAUUAUUAUUGAAGUGACCAGUGUUCAAUGACAUGUGGUAAAGCAGUCUCUUAAGCUUCAGGUCAGGGUACUGGGCGAAAGCCAGCUAGUGGUGACUGUUUAAGAGUCUGAUGGCCUGGAGCUGUUUCUUUGUCCCAGCUUUGAUCCACCUGUAGUGUCUCAUCCUUCUAGAUGGUAGUAGGGUGAACCGGCCGUCGCUCGGGUGGCUGAGGUCCUUGAUGAUCUUCUUGGCCUUCCUGAGACAUCGGGUGCUGUAGAUGUCCUGGAGGGCAGGCAGUGUGCCCCCAAUGAUGCGUUGGGCUGACCACACCACCCUCUGGAGAGCCCUGCGGUUGCGGGAAGUGAAAUUGCCGUACCAGGGGUGAUACAGCCCAACAGGAUGCUCUCAAUGGUGCAUCUGUAGAAGUUUGUGAAGAUCUUACUGGCAAUGCCGAAUUUCUUCGGCCCUCUGAGGUUGAAGAGGCGCUGUUACGCCUUUUCACCACACUGUCUGUGUAAAAGGACCAUUUCAGGUCAUCAGUGAUGUGCGCGCCAAAGAACUUGAAGUUUUUGACCCUCUCCAACUCUGCCCCGUCGAUGUGAAUUGGGAUGUGCUCUCUCUGAUAUCUCCUGUAGUCCAUGAUCAGCUCCUUUUGUUUUGUUGACGUAGAGGGAGAGGCACCACUUCCUCCCUGUAGGCUAUCUCGUCAUUGUUGGGAAUCAGGCCUACCACUGCUGUGUCGUCAGCAAACUUGUUGAUCGAGUUGGAGACGUGAGUGGCAACGCAGUCAUGGGUGAACAGGAAGUACAGGAGGGGGCUGAGCACGUACCCCUGUGGGGCCCCGUGUUGAUGAUCUUCUUGGCGGAGGUGUUGUUACCUAUCUUCACCACUUGGGCCCAGUUGCACAGGGCGGGGUUCAGACCCAGGGCCCUGAGCUUAGGGAUGAGCUUGGAUGGCAUGAUGGUGUUGAAGGCUAAGCUGUAGUCGAUGAACAGCAUUCUUACAUAGGUAUUUCUCCUGUCCAGGUGGGAUAGGGCAGUGUGCAAUGCAAUGCCGAUUGCGUCGUCCGUGGAUCUGUUGGAACGGUAUGCGAAUUGUAGUGGGUUUAGGGUGUCGGGUAAGGUGGAGGUGAUAUGGUCCUUAACUAGCCUCUCAAAGCACUUCAUUAUGACCAGAAGUGAGUGCUACAGGGUGAUAGUCAUUUAGUUCAGUUACCUUCGCUUUCUUGGGUACAGGACCAAUGGUGGACAUCUUGAAGCAAGUGGGGACAGCAGACUGGGAUAUGGAGAGAUUGAAUAUGUCCGUAAACUCUCCAGCCAGCUGGUCUGCACAUGCUCUGACAACAUGGCUUGGAUCAAAUCAAAUUGUAUUUGUCACAUGCACUGAAUACAACAGGUGUAGACCUUACCAUGGAAUGCUUACUUACAAGCCCUUAACCAACAAUGCAGUUCAAGAAAUAGAGUUAAGAAAAUAUUUACUAAAUAAACUAAAGUAAAAAAUAAAAUAUGAAGUAACACAAUAAAAUAACAAUACAGGGGGUACCGGUACCGAGUCAAUGUGCGGGGGUACAGGUUAGUCGAGGUAAUUUGUAAAAAAAAAUGUGAUUAAUUGUUCAGCAGACUUAUGGCUUGGGGGUAGAAGAUGUUAAGGAGCCUUUUGGACCUAGACUUGGCGCUCCGUUACCGCUUGCCUUGCGGUAGCAGAGAGAACAAUCUAUGACUUGGGUGACUGGCGUCUUUGACAAUUUUUUGACACUGCCUACUAUAUAGGUCCUGGAUAGGGGAAAAGGUAUUGUCGUGCCCUCUUCACGACUGUCUUGGUGUGUUUCGACCAUGAACAGUCAGCCCUCCUUUUCCUGUAGUCCACGAUCAGCUCCUUUGUCUUGCUCACUUUGAGGGAGAGGUUGUUGUCCUGGCACCACACUGCCAGGUCUCUGACCUCCUUCCUAUAGGCUGUCUCACCACUGUCGGUGGUCAGGCCUACCACUGUUGUGUCGUCAGCAAACUUAAUGAUGGUGUUGGAGUCGUGCUUGGCCAUGCAGUUGUGGGUGAACAGGGAGCACAGGAGGGGACUACCCACGGACCACUGAGGGGCCCCCGUGUUGAGGAUCAGCGUGGCAGAUGUGUUGUUGCCUACCCUUACCCCCUUGGGGUGGCAUGUCAGGAAGUCCAGGAUCCAGUUGCAGAGGGAGGUGUUUAGUCCCAGGGACACUAUGGUGUUGAACGCUGAGCUGUGGUCAAUGAACAGCAUUCUCACAUAGGUGCUCCUUUUGUCCAGGUGGGAAAGGGCAGUGUGGAGUGCGAUUGAGGUUCCGUCAUCUGUGGAUCUGUUGGGGUGGUAUGCGAAUUGGAGUGGGUCUAGGCUUUCCGGGAUGAUGGUGUUGAUGUGAGCCAUGACCAGCCUUUCAGACGUGAGUGCUACGGGGCAGUAGUCAUUUAGGCAGGUUACCUUCGCUUUCUUGGACACAGGGACUAUGGUGGUCUGCUUGAAACAUGUAGGUAUUACAGACUCUGUCAGGGAGAGGUUGAAAAUGUCAGUGAAGACACUUGCCAGUUGGUCCGUGCAUGCUCUGAGGACACGUCCUGGUAAUCUGUCUGGCCCCGCAGCCUUGUGAAUGUUGACCUGUUUAAAGGUCUUGCUCACAUCUGCUACGGAGAGCGUGAUCACACAGUCGUCCAGAACAGCUGAUGCUCUCAUGCAUGCUUCAGUGUUGCUUGCCUUGAAGAGAGCAUAAAAGACAUUUAGCUCAUCUGGUAGGCAAGCGUCACUGGGAAGCUCGCGGCUGGGUUUCCCUUUGUAGUCCGUAAUAGUUUGUAAGCCCUGCCACAUCCGACGAGCGUCAGAGCCGGUGUAGUAGGAUUCAAUCUUAGUCCUGUAUUGACGCUUUGCCUGCUUGAUGGUUCGUCUGAGGGCAUAGCGGGAUUUCUUAUAAGCGUCCGGAUCAGUGUCCCGCUCCUUGAAAGCGGCAGCUCUAGCCUUUAGCUCGGUGCAGAUGUUGCCUGUAAUCCAUGGCUUCUGGUUGGGAUAUGUACGUACGGUCUCUGUGGGGACGAUGUCAUUGGUUCACUUAUUCCAGUCUGUGCUAGAAAAACAGUCCUGUAGUGUAGCAUCCGCGUCAAAUGACCACUUCUGUAUUGAUUGAGUCACUGGGACUUUCUGCAGGAAUCAGGAGGAUAUAAUUAUGGUCAGAUUUGCCAAAUGGAGAGCGAGGGAGAGCUUUGUGUGCAUCUCUGUGUGUGUGGAGUAAAGGUGGUCUAGAGUUUAUUUAUUUUUUGGUUGCACAUGUGACAUGCUGGUAGAAAUUAGGUAAAACGGAUUUAAGUUUGCCUGCAUUACAGUCCCUGGCCACUAGGAGCGCCACUUUUGGAUGAGCAUUUUCUUGUUUGCUUAUGGCCUUAUACAGCUCAAUGAGUGUGGUCUUAGUGCCAGCAUCGGUUUAUGGUGGUAAAUAGACGGCUACGAAAAAUAGAUAGUGUGGUCUACAGCUCGCUUGAGGUAGUCUACCUCAGGCGAGCAAUACCUUGAGACCUCCUUAAUAUUAGACAUCGCGCACCAGCUGUUAUUGACAAAUAGACACACACCACCACCCCUCGGCUUACCAGAUGUAGCUGUUCUGUCCUGCCGAUGCACGGAAAACCCAGCCAAUUUAUAUUAUCCGUGUCGUCUUUCAGCAACGACUCGGUGAAACGUAAGAUAUUUGUUUUUAAUGUCCCAUUGGUAGGAUAGUCUCGAGCGGAGAUCAUACAGUUUAUUCUCCAGUGAUUGCACGUUGGCCAAUAGAACGGAUGGUAGAAGCGGGUUACCCACUCGCCGACGAAUUCUCACAAGGCACCCCCGAUAUAUAUACCCUUGUAUUUCCGUCUUUUCUUCAUGCUAAUGACGGGGAUUUGGGCCUGGUCUCGGAGAAGCAGUAUAUCCUUCAUGUCGGACUCAUUAAAGAAUAAAAUCUUAAUCCAGUUUGAGGAGAGUAAUCGCUGUUCUGAUAUCCAGAAGCUCUUUUCGGUCAUAAGAGACGGUAGCAGCAACAUUAUGUACAAAAUAAGUUACAAACAAUGCGAAAAAACACAAAAUAGUGCAGUUGGUUAGGAGCCGGUAAAACAGCAGCCAUCCCCUCCGCCACCAUUAUUAUUAUCUGGGGCGAGGGUUAACACGCUUAAAUGACUUACUCACGUCGGCCACGGAGAACGAGAGCACACAGUCCUCGUGAGCGGAGGGGGCCCGCUUCGGCGGCUCAAUGUUUUCCUCGAAGUUGGCGAAGAUGAUGUUUAGCUUAUCCGGGAGCGAGGCGUUGAUGUCCACGACGAGACUGGCUUUCCCUUUUUAAUCCGGGAUUGUCUGGAGUCCCUGCCGCAUACGUCUCGUGUCUGAGCCGUUGAAUUGCGACUCCACUUUGUCCCUGUACUGUUGUUUUACCUCUUUGAUUGCCUUACGGAGGUCAUAGCUGGUCUGUUUGUACACAUCCAUGUUCCCAGUCACCUUGCUAUGGUUAAAUGCGGUGGUUCGCGCUUUCAGUUUUGUGCGAAUGCUGCCAUCUUUCCACGGUUUUUGGUUUGGAUAAGUUCUAAUCCACUAUGCACUUCCUGAUUAACCCAGUCACGGAGUCAGAGUAUGCGUCAACUAUUCUGAGGUGACCCAGAACAUUUCCCAGUCCGCGUGAUCAAAACGACCAUGUCUCUAUCACUAACAAAUACAGUCAUGGGUGGUAACUCUACAAUUCACUCAAAGGCUCACUGGGAAAUGAUAUCAGAGGGCAUAGCUUAGUGAGGGAGUGGCUUUCAAUUGGUUAUUCAUGGCCACCGUGAGUGGAAGUGUUGUGCCAGUUUAAAUGGUCUAUGGUUAUGUUAAUUAAAGUUUGAGCAUGUCCACUGCCAGUUCUUAAGUCUUUGUAAAUGUGACCGACCGCCUCGAUUCGGUCUUAUGUAGCAACAUUUGAAAUUGUGUUUUGUACAUUGGAUAAAAGUAGAGACUCAGAGCUAGGAAAUGGUAUGUCAUACACUGCAGUUGAGAAACAAUGGGAAAGUUAUUUUCAGUUUAUGAACUUGUAACCCCACUUUUGAGAAAAUGGCCCUUGAAUGUUUUGGUACACCUACUGGAGAGCUCUUCUUUGUCUACACCCAUUCAGCAUCACUCACACCCUCUUAAGCCUUAGCCCCACCCAUCUCUUUAAGGAUUCACAUGUGAAGCCAUGUGGUAAACACACGCUAUAUCAAAUAAAAUGUAAGUUUAUUUGUCACAUGCACAGGAUACAGAAGGUGUAAAUGGUACACUGAAAUGGUUACUUGCAUAGUAGCAAUAUCAAAAACAGAAAGUGUCCAGAUAAAAAUAUUUUAUAAUUAUUAGAUGACCCUUACACGACACACUUGUCUAAAUUGAUGGGUCAUGUGAAAGAAAUGCUAUAACCACCCCCCAGCCACAUCUAGCUACAGUAAGUAAAUUGGUCACUAUUGUCUAGACAUGUACACAUGUUCAUGAAAUACAAUAGAUGGCCGUAAUCACCCCCAGAAACACCUGGCUAAUUUGAUGGGUCAUGUAAUAAUCUGGCCAAAGUGCAGUCUUUGGUUUAGCUAAAAAAUUAACCGGCAUAAUCCCAACUCAUACUACUACCAAUGCAAACAUUAUCAUAGCUGUAGUAUGAAUCUGCAGGUAGCUAAAAGCUAACAAACUAGGUUCAAUGUUAGCUAGCUAACAUUAGGCUAUAACUAGCAGUGCAAAUGGAAUUCUGAUUCGAAUAAUAUUACUACACAGAUCAUACACGUAACGUUAAGCUAACGUUCGCUAGCUAACUAACAGUACGCUUUAACUUGCAAUAAAAGCGACUUUCUGACAAAAUUUGAAAUGUAUAUCAGAAAAUGUAGCUAGACUCUUACCCGUGUACAUGGAUGAACGCUUCACGGCAGACUGGAACCAUUUAACUCCAUUUUGUUUGUAGCUACAUCUUGUUUGGCCAGCGUUGUGUCAAGUCACUCCGGUUCACAUUGACCGUGGCGUGUGCAGAAAGUAGCCCAUCACUUUUUCCAACUGAUCUGUCGAUAGUGCCUGCUAAAUUCAGGGCAUCAAUGUUGUUGAGAAAAGUAGCAAAACUUUUGUAGUUCUCGACGGCUAACAUUAUAUCUUUCAAAAACGGUGCGGUAGAAAGGACUAUCAACACAUACUAAACAGCUCACAUUACAGACAGAAGCACGCUACAUGGAAGACCAAUCCAAACUCAUCUCCCGGCAUGUCCAGCCCAUCCAUUAUCUCAGCCAAUCAUGGCUAGUGGGAAGGUUCCUGUCUUUUUCCGAGGCUAAACCAACAAGGCUCUUAAUUUAGUAAUUUUAUUCAUAUUUAUGGAUGGAAUACAAGUUUGUUAUUAAGGCACAUGAAAGUUCACUUGUUCCAGAAGGAAUUUCUGCCAAAAAAACGCAUUUAGAUAAAAAAUACAUGUUUACGUUCAAAUGCCUCUCCUGUGAAGUAGUGACGUAUGACAUAGGCAUAGUUUCCUGAAACGAGUCACAAAUGCUUACAUAAGAGCAUAUGGCAAUAAAGACUUGUAAAUAUUAUUGCAAUGUCCUUAACCCAACACUGAGUGACCUUGUCAAGAGAUACAGACCUCUUGAUGUAAUGGUUAAAAAUACUUGGAGGUGUUAAUGCAUAAAACCAUUGGUGUAAACUAUAUACACUUCCUAGUGUUAAAAAUACUAAAUGAGGUGUUAUUGCAUAACACUAAAAGUGUUAAUUCCCUAACACUGACAAACUGUAACAGCGUUGGCACUAAACAGUGUUAAUCUAACACUCAAAAGUGUGGACCUGUAUAGACAGGUUUCCAUCCAAGCGUUUUAUGCGUGUAAAGUACAUGAUGGAAACAGAAAGAAAAAAAUGGUGGUGAAAGCAUGCAGUUUAUUAAGCUACAGAUUAAAUAUAUUAUGAUGAACUUCACAGGGGGAUAAAAGUGCAAGGGGAUGAGCUUGAUGCUCCUUUGCAAUAAAUAUUGAGGGUCUUAUUCUGGUGACAUGAUAAUCCGUGCUUGGCUGCCGUUUGACAAAUAAUCAUAAUCUCAUAAUGUAGGCUAUACGUGCGCUCUAGCCAACAGUAUUUCUUAUUCGGUACAUGGCAAUUUAACCGCAAAAGGUAUUUUUAUGUGUACUACGUCAUCACGCACAGCCAUUUUUAUCUGCAACAAGUCAAUUAGAUGGAAACACAUCUCUGGUGGGAAAAUGAGCAUAUUGUUUUAAUGCACAUUUUGGAAUAUUCGCAUGAAAAUCUUCCGCCAAUUGAAUGGAAACUAGCUAGUGUUGAUUUAACACUGGAGAAUUUGCUGUGUAGUAACAGUUGCGGAUUAGUUCAAGUACUUAAGUAUUGGGCCCCUCUUCCAAUACUUCAGAAAUUCAUCCUUCGUUCCUUGUUUCCUUCAGUUAAUCAUCAAUCUAUACAUGAUUGGAUAGGUCAAUGCUACUUUACACCAACCUAUUACUAAUCCAAUCAAUUGAGAUCAGUGAUUACAUCAAGGGAAGGAGGAAGGAAGGAUGCAGGAUGGAAGUAUUCCAACCAGGCUCUGACUCAUAUCUAAAUUCCUCUAAGUUGAUAAGACCAAGGAGCAAUGUUGUGUUUGUGAUAAGGUGAGGAAUACAAUCUCGGGGAAAACGUUUUGCAACGAAAACAAAUGGUACUUAUUAGAUAAAUUCAGCUUAGUCCCUCCCUAGUGAAUGACUGUGUGCUUUGUUCCUCAGGUGUCCCAUCAUGGCAGGAGGCCUUUUCUCCAUUGAUAAAAAGUACUUCUAUGAACUGGGCUCUUAUGAUCCUGGCCUGGACGUAUGGGGCGGAGAGAACAUGGAGAUCUCUUUUAAGGUCAGUUUGACUAAUUUCUUCCCACUGUUUUCUAUUAGAGAUUGGACUAUUUGCAGAUUUGCAGGUUUGUUAUUCUUCAACCUGUUCCAGGAUCACACAUUUUAACUCUGCCCUUAUCUCGGCUCAUGAUCAAGGCCAAGGCUGCGUCUUAAAUGGCAACCUAUACCCUAUAUAGUGCACUACUUUUGACCAGAGCCCUAUGAGCAAUAGGGUGCCAUGUGGGACUUAGAUCAAAUGUUCUGAUCACAUCCUACCCUAUGUUGUUGAUUUUGCAGAUUUGGAUGUGUGGAGGUGAGAUCGAGAUCAUCCCAUGUUCCAGAGUGGGCCACAUUUUCCGAGCCGCGAACCCGUACAAGUUCCCCAAGGACAGGCAGAAGACGGUCGAGCGUAACCUGGCCAGGGUGGCAGAGGUGUGGUUGGAUGAGUACAAGGACCUGUUCUACGGCCAUGGAUACUACCAUCUGCUGGAUAGGAGUGUCAUCGACAUUGGCAACCUCACAGACCAGAUCGAGUUCCGGAAGAAGUGCAAGAGCUUCAAAUGGUACCUGGAUAAUGUGUACCCAGACAUGGUCGCUCCAUUGGUCAAAGCUGAGGGGCUGGUAGGUGUACUUGUUAUAAUAUUAAUAAUUGAUUCGAUUUAUAUAGCUCUUUUCCAGAUGCUCAAAGCCCAUACGUAUUAUGCACCUUGCAGUUUAUUCCUGCGGUUUAUAACUUCAUUUGUCACACUUACAAUCAUUGUCUUUACUGAAUUAGUAGGAAUCCAGUUUUUGCUUUUAGGCUGUUUAGCUUAGAAUAUAUUGCAUUAGUGCUCUUUUUCUGGCAAACAAUUGUUACUCUUACUUUCUUUCUUUUUUCAUUAAAUUAUCCCUCAUCUCAAUGCUGACAGACAAUUGUACUUUUCUUCUGAGAGGGGGAUGUUUACUUGUCUGCUCUCAAUGCCUCUGCAACACAAACAGAUGUCAAUUGUCCUCUUAUCUGAACAAAAAGUGACUGUCUCUUCAGGCUUGUGACAGUUCUCUGUCAGGAUUUGUUGAAGGCACAGAAUGGAAAGAAAGGAGAAGCUUUUCUACUGUCAAUAUGGUGCAGUGACACUACCCAUGUAAACUACUGUUAUGACUGCUCUAGGCAUUGCCAUGUAAUGUUGUACCUGUGAUCCUCCUUUGCUAGGUUUUCAAUCGUGGAGUAAGAAAAUGCCUCGCUCUGCAGAAAGGCUCCCUUGCCUUUGAGAGAUGUGAUCUCAGCAAGCUGGUAAAUACUCCUAAAUUCCCCAUUUGAAAUGAAAAGCUUUCUUAUGACUAUAACUCACUAUGGAAUGAAUCCCUGUUGAGUUUAACACACACCCAACCGGCCUUGAAAACCCCAUAGUUAUCAUGAAGCCGAAUUAUAUGUCUGACCCUAAGGGUGCAUCCCAAAUUGCACCCUAUUCCCUAGCUAGUGCACUACCAUAUGGGCCCCGGUCAAAAGCAGUGCACUAUAUAGUUAAUAGUGCCAUUUGGGACGCAUCUUAACUCCCCUCUGUCCCUAAACCUCAGAGUCAGCACUUCAAUUACACCUGGAUGAGGCACGUUCGCCAGAAAGAUGUCUGUGUCACUGCUCAGGGCAAAGGUAGCAGACUGGCUAUGCAGCCGUGUGACAACACCAAGCCACAGCUACGCUGGCUCCACAAGGACUCCAACUCCGCUCUGGUAGGUUCGCUUUAGAGUGGGCCUUCACCUCCUCUACUAGAGUUCUCUGAAUAUCGAUUUUGUGAAGAAUAUUUGUUAUUCUUAAACCAAGCUGUUGUCAGCUACUAGCAUACAUAAUAUGCUUGAUGAAGGUUGAAGUGAAGAGGAAAUUCAGCAACUCUUGGAGGAUAGUGGAAGUUGAUAGAACUGCUUCUUUAUUGUUAAAACCAUCGCUUUUUGGCCCUUAGCCUUCAUCAGGGUUUGCACCUCAAUUCAUAACACCUUGGUUGGAGAGCGAGGUAGCAGCAGUGUUCCUUUGCUGAACGAAAGUUAACAUUAUGCACAUUGUGAUUCUUACUGUACUAUUUCCCUGUGUUGUCUUUGCUCAGGUGGAGCACCUCGUUACGGAGCUUGCUCCCCAGCGUUUGUGUCUUGAGGCUGGGGCUCUGGGUGACAGCAUGCAGCUGAAGGAGUGUGAGCCUACCAGUCCCUACCAGAAGUGGCAGUUCACACACUACCACACUGGUUGA